CAUGCAUAAUUCUAAUUACUAUGCAAUUUUAAUGAUAAUAAUAGACUAAAAAAAAACUCGCAACGUGCAUAUGUGCAGAAUGAAUACAAAGAACCAGAGCUUAAAGACGAUUGAUUGCAGAGCGCUAGAAAUUUUGAAGAUAAAUAAAUGGGAUUGGGAGCCAGAUUCUCGGGUCUCGUAUCCAUUGAUGCCACGUACGAGUCGAAGGUUCGGAUCUAUCGACUCUAAUCCUUUACUUAUACUGAAAAACAGUACGGAAACAGGAUGGAGACUCAAUGAUAUUCUAUUAGCAGCAAAGGUGUUGAUGAAUUCGAGGGAGGAACAGCAUUACACCGACGAGGCUGAAAUGCGAAGAGUUUUCGGACUUGUCUACGACGUUCUCAGAUUCAGAAAAAUCCUCGAUCGCGCCCUGGACAAUGUCGGUUUCUGGCAGCGCUACGGUCUGUUGAGGAAACGCGAGAGGCUCGUCUGGCUGCUGCUCUACGACAUGCAUGGGAGGAAAUUUUCGCGAAUCCAUAGUAAUUCUGCAAUCGCGGCCCGCAACCAUUCUUUGAAAGAAGCGGAUUUACUGGACGUGGAGGAGGCACUACUCGACAUGAAAACGAAAGUCGCUGCAGGUGUCUCGCGGCUGCGCAUCGGCAGCUCGGCUCUUAGUCUCGAUGAGCUAUUGCCGGCUCAUCUGCGCAUAGCAGAAGGUGUGACGUGGGGUGAAGAGGGUUCGAUCGCCUCGGGUUGGGUUAAUAGCUCCAAAAUAGGAAGUCGGAAAAAGUUUAUCCAGGAAAUGCAAAAGCUGGGAUUUUCUCUGUGCUUGGAUUGCUCGCCUACGAGCGAACUCGAGGAGCAUCAAUACGUUUUUGAUCCACUCUGUCCGAAGGUAGUUAAUAUUCACGAGAGAGCAAGGGAGAGACUGGCAGUAUCGCAACUCGUCCGCAACCAUAGCUUUAUAUUUCUGGAAAGGUCCUUGUGCUUGGGAGCGGCUGCACUGGCUCAGGCUUUUAGAGUAGGCAGAUUAAGUGGCCCGAUAAUUUUAACUCAUUCAUUGGCACCGAGACACACUGGAUAUUUGGCCGAAUUAUUGGCAGAUAUGGAAAAUGCCGGUCGACUUCUGGCAUUCAGUGUUGGCGAUAAUUGCGCAAAUCAUCAAGCCUACCUUAAAGAUAUCGGAAUCUCAAUGCAGCGCUGCAAACUCUUCUCCGAAAGAUAUAUGUCAGUACCGCCAUUGCCGGAAAUCGAUCGGGCCACCGUAGUAUUGGCAACACCACCGUGUAGCUACACGGGCGUCCAGGACGUGGUGGAUUUGGCGAUAGCUCGAGGUGGCGAUCUCCAGCUCCUAGAAUCGCUGACAAGUCAUCAGGCGGAGUCUGCUGAGCAGUCGCGCAACCUCCUUGCUGAGCAGAUGUCCACGCUUAAGUAUGCCCUCACGAGGCCCAAUAUCCAGCUCGUCAUCUACGAGGUGCAUACCCUUCUGCCAUGUGAAACAACGGACAUGAGUCGACAAGUGGUCCAGCAAGUCAACAGGAUGGCUAUCGACAAAUUUCAACGCGAUCACCAGAAACAGGGAAAAUCACCAGCAAAAGAUUCAAGUGGGAAAAAAUUGAAAUCUGAAGAUAGACGUAAAUCUAUAGAGUCUGUUAUAAGGCUAAAGGAUCAUUCAAAAUCAAAUACGGAAUCGGAAGAAAUUUCUGCUGCUGAAGUGCCGAUACCAGAAAGUGAUCUCUUUGAAAUGGCGAACUUGAAUGAGGUAUACGAGAGAGACUGUAGCAAACUAUUGAAUCAAGGCUCCUACAUUGUUGUUAUCAAACGCAAGAAGAUUAUACAGUUCAAUUCACAAUUUAUGAUUAAGGUUGCCGAGAAUAAGGGAAUUUUUGGUGAAUUGUCAGGGCAAUCGGAGCCACAAGACAAUUUAAUGCAAUCCGAUCAGAUGGAACCCUCCAACAUUAAUCGAAAGCGUCGCAAAUCAAGCAAAAUCCAGUUCGAUCGAAUAACCGCCCCGACUCACGCUACGACAGCGCGCGCCCUUCGCGACAAGCAUCUCUGUCCUCGUCAUCAACAACAUCUCGUUAACGAGGUGAGCUCAUUGGAGAAGCAGGUGCGGGAGGCGCGACGUCGGGACGCCCACCGCUGGUGGGACGAAGUGGCGCACGCCUGGCGCAGUAAUUCCAACAACGCCGAUGACUAUCGCUUCCAAGCAUUGAGGACCGACCCCCUCACCAGCAAAAUCCUCUCCCACGUCAUGCACAUUACCUACGCUGAGCUCGAUCGAUCCUCCUUUGCUGUGCCAUGA